AUGGAACCUGUUGAGCGGAAACCCGAGGCUGACUUCCGGAGCUAUCGCAAGAUGUCUCUUGCGCAGCAACGUGGUGCUCAGCGACUGAGGCCAACUCCUCCGGACGAGCUGCACGACCUCCUCUGCGUGGGGUUCGGACCUGCUUCGUUAUCGAUUGCGAUUGCUCUGCAUGACGCCCUCGAUCCAUGCUUGAACAAAUGCGCGCCCACCUCCGGCUGGCAGCCGAAGGUGGCCUUCCUGGAACGCCAGAAACAAUUUGCCUGGCACUCAGGCAUGUUGGUUCCAGGCUCAAGAAUGCAGAUAUCCUUUAUUAAGGAUCUCGCCACCCUCCGUGAUCCCCGCAGCAGCUUCACCUUCCUCAACUACCUUCAUCAGAAUGAUCGCCUGAUCCAUUUCACCAACCUGAGUACCUUUACACCGGCCCGUAUGGAGUUUGAAGACUACAUGCGAUGGUGUGCACAGCAAUUCUCCGAUGUCGUGUCCUAUGGCGAGGAGGUGAUUGAGGUGGUACCCGGAAAGUCAAAUCCGGAUAGCACCGUCGUCGACUACUUCACAGUCCUAUCUCGCAACGUGGAAACCGGCGAAAUCUCAUCGAGAAGCGCACGCAAGGUUGUGCUUGCCCUCGGAGGAACUGCGAAGCUGCCAGCCGAGCUUCCUCAAGACGCCAGGAUCAUGCACUCGUCGAAGUACUGCACUACCCUCCCAACAUUGCUCAAGGACAACAAUGAGCCCUACAACAUCGCAGUCCUAGGAAGUGGCCAAAGUGCUGCUGAGAUCUUCCAAGAUCUCCAGAAGCGGUAUCCCAACUCCAGGACCUCGCUCAUCAUGAGAGACACUGCCAUGAGACCCAGUGAUGAUUCGCCUUUUGUAAACGAAGUUUUCAACCCCGAAAGAACCGACAAGUUCUACAACCUCUCGCCCGCCGAGCGCCAAAGCUCCCUCAAGGCCGAUAAAGCCACGAACUACAGCGUUGUCAGAAUCGAGUUGAUUGAGGAAAUCUACAAUGAGAUGUAUCUCCAGAGAGUCAAGAACCCCGACGAGACCCAAUGGCAGCAUCGCAUCCUCCCCGGCCGCAAGAUUACACGUGUUGAGCAUUAUGGACCGAAGCGACGGAUGCGACUGCACGUCAAGGCUGUGAAGGAGGGUAGCGAUAGCCUCGUCGGCGACGGAAAGCAGGUUUUGGAGGUGGACGCGCUCAUGGUCGCCACGGGCUACAACCGCAACGCCCACGAACAGCUCCUUAACAAGGUACAACAGCUGCGACCGGCAACCCAGGAUCGUUGGACCCCGAGACGAGAUUACCGCGUCGACCUAGAUCAGAGCAAAGUUAGCGCAAACGCUGGAAUCUGGUUACAGGGCAGCAAUGAGCAGACACAUGGAUUGAGCGAUAGUCUCCUGUCGGUUCUGGCCGCACGAGGUGGCGAGAUGGUGGAAUCGAUUUUCGGAGAGCAACUUGAGAACGCGGCGGUGCCGGACACCAGAUUCCGCGCUAUGCUCUAG